AUGCCACUAACUGCUGAUGCAGUAGCUGCCCAACAGGUACAGGAGCGCCUGAAAGCUCUACAGCAACUUGUACAUGAAAUUGAAAAGAAACGUCAACAAUCUGAACAGGGAAUCCUGACUUUACAAAGGUAUUCUCAGGAUGACCAAUCAGGCCAAAGUUCUCAGAAAAUGAAGUCCCUAUAUAAAAUGGCUAUUGCUCAAACUGAGCAAGAAGAGGAGGUGAUUCGCAAGGCUCUCCAGAAGAUUACAGAAAUUCGUAAUAUAAAAAAUGAGAGAAGGAUUCAGUCCAAGAUUGCCUCCAACAAAGAGUCAAUCAGAAAAGGGAUAUGGAUCAAAAUGUUGACCAGUUCUGCACAAACUUUACCUUUGUAUGUUGGAAAAAUUGGUGAAAAGCCCCCACCAUUAUGUGGAGCUGUACCAGCUGACCCAAACUUCAUUUCUAGGGUGGGAGACAUGGUAGCUGCUCUAGUGAAAGACUCUGAAGAUGGUGACAAUUGUAUUUUAGCUGAGGUUGUCAGUUACAACCCCACUACUGGUAAAUAUGAGAUAGAUGACAUUCUCAAGGAGCAAAAUCAGAAGGGUCGUCAUGUUCUGAGUAGAAGAAGAGUGAUACCAUUACCAUUGAUGAGAGCCAACCCUGAAACUGAUCCACAAGCUUUGUUUCCACAGGGCACUCUAGUGAUGGCUCUUUUUCCUCAAACUACAUGUUUUUACAAGGCCAUCGUUAACAAACCGCCUGCCACACACACAGACGAAUAUGAACUUCUUUUCGAAGACAAGACAUAUCCAGAGGGCUACAGCCCACCCCAUUAUGUCGUCCAACGUUAUGUGAUCGCUUACAAGCAAAAAAACAAACAGACCACCACUUGA